AUGCCUUCCGCGGAGUCGCCAAGAGGCAACUUCAACCAGAAGUUGAGGAAUUUCUUCAAGAUUAACAAUGACGCCAAAUCAGCGCACACCUCUGACAAGGGCAAGGACGGCGGCGCACUCAAGAACAAUGACAGUAAGAGCAAGGGAAACAGGAAUACAAAGUUCUUUGCAACCGUCGGACGUCUUAGGUCGACAACAACCGCCAGUGAAGGCCAUCCUCUCGAUGAGGCCAUGAGCCCGACGUCUCAUGCCAAUCCUUACUUCGCACUCCAGGGCCAGCCGUCGCUUCAACACCACAACGAUGCGUCGAUACCACCGAGUCCUCCGGACACGCCCGCCCUGAAAAUUUCUGGACCUGAUGGCGGCAAAGCUCAUGCUGCCAGCGGUACGAAGGAGGAGUUGGCCAGGAAACUCCGCCGGGUUGCAAGUGCUCCUAAUGCUCACGGGCUUUUCUCCAAGUCGAAGGGCAGUGGCGAAAGACCCCAGACGGCUGAGCUUGGAAAGGAGCCACUGGUACAAAGCGCGGAUGCGGUAAGUCUAGUAGACAAGACCACCGACAACGGGAGUCUCGCUGUGCCAGAUAAGGAUGGGCUUGGCGCUCUGCCUUCCCCAGGGAGGAGUCCGCUGGCUUUCCGCAGAACCUACAGCUCCAAUUCCAUCAAGGUCAGCACCGUCGAGGUCGGCCCUUCCAGCUUUGACAAGAUCAAGCUUAUUGGGAAGGGAGAUGUGGGCAAAGUCUACCUUGUGAGGGAAAAGAAGAGCUCGCGGCUCUACGCCAUGAAAGUGCUGAGCAAGAAGGAGAUGAUCAAGCGCAAUAAGAUCAAGAGAGCUCUUGCCGAGCAGGAAAUUCUGGCCACCAGCAACCACCCGUUCAUUGUCACGUUGUAUCACUCGUUUCAGUCUGAAGAUUAUCUUUACCUAUGUAUGGAAUAUUGCAGCGGUGGAGAAUUCUUCAGGGCUUUACAGACGCGUCCUGGAAAAUGUGUUCCCGAGGACGAUGCACGUUUCUACGCAGCCGAGGUCACCGCGGCGCUCGAGUAUCUACACUUGAUGGGCUUUAUCUACCGAGAUUUAAAGCCUGAGAACAUUCUCCUUCACCAGUCUGGGCACAUCAUGUUAUCGGACUUCGACCUGUCAAAACAGUCGGAGCCUGGUGGCAAGCCGCUUAUGAUCAUGGGAGGAAAGGGUAGCAACAACUCUCUGCCCGCGAUUGAUACAAAAUCAUGCAUCAACAAUUUCCGAACCAAUUCAUUCGUCGGCACGGAAGAGUACAUCGCGCCCGAAGUCAUCAAGGGCAGCGGCCACACGAGCGCUGUCGACUGGUGGACACUUGGCAUCCUCAUUUACGAAAUGCUCUACGGCACCACUCCGUUUAAGGGUAAGAACCGCAACGCAACGUUUGCAAAUAUUCUCCGGGAGGAAAUCCCAUUCCCAGAGCAUACUGGGUCUCCUCAGAUCUCAAAUUUGUGUAAAUCUGUAAUCCGGAAGCUUCUUAUCAAAGAUGAGACGCGACGGUUGGGAUCUCGUGGAGGUGCUUCUGAUAUUAAGGGGCAUCCGUUCUUUCGUACGACGCAGUGGGCAUUGAUUCGUCACAUGCAACCACCAAUCGUCCCUCACAUUAGCAAAGACAACGAAACUGUCAACUUUAGGAAUGUCAAGGAGAGUUACAGCGUCGAUAUUAGCGGGACCAAGCCUCAAAAUCUCAAAGGUGUUCCUUUGGACAGUGGCUUGGCCACGCCCGGCACCGAACUGGUGGAUCCCUUCGAGGAAUUCAACAGUGUAACAUUACACCACGAUGGAGACGACCACAAUCACGGAUGA